AAAUAAAUUAUUAACAGUGGGUUGUGCCUUUUCCCAGGUUGUAAAAAGAUGACUGGUUAGAGUCCCAAUGCUCUCCUUGUCAGGAGAGGACAUGUAGAGGAGAAUGUCAUCUCAGGCCACUGUCCUGGAAGACACAUAACAAAGAUGCGGCAGGCUCCAGCCGGGAGUGGGAGUGGGGUGACAGACGGCAGGAAGGCCACCGGUGAGAGACUUUCCGCUCUCUUUGUCAGCACGGUGUACUUCUAAGAACUUCUGAAUGACCCAGGAAUCUGCCCUGAACCAUAUAGUUGUUCCUGCCUCGUGCCGUCUUAUAUUCUAACCAGAAUGAGGUUUAAGUCUUUGAAAAUAGGAAAUAAGAUUUGAUGAUGCUCAGAUUCAACCUGCCCUGGAAGAGUGAUACCUGAGUGCUUCCUAAAGAACUCUUCUAUUCAUGGAGGCGAACGCUAAGGAUGCUUUCCACAUGAACCUUGAGGACAGGUUGAUUGUGAUUGGAGCGGAAGGACUGAAAUGAUUGAGGUAUUGAGCGCCAGACCUGCACCAUCGAGCACACUAGCCACUGGCUUCAAGUGGUAAUUUUAAUGUAAAUUCAUUGAAAUUAUAUAAUAUUAAAAAUUCAAGUCCUCGGUUACACUGGCCACAUUUCAAAUGUUUGACAGUCACAUAUGGUUAUGGUUGCCGUAUUGGACAGAGAAGACAUAGACCAUUUCCAUCACCGUAGGGAGUUCUGUUGUGUGGAACUCCUCUUGACUUUGCUGGUACUGCCAAUGCAGAGUUCUGGGAAGCAGAGGGAGCCUGAAAUUACCUCUGUGUAGGGAAGGACAGAGAGGAGUAGGAGAGAGAACAGAAUUCGAAAGAGAAAGCAAAAGGGCACCAAAGGCAAACUUUGUGUGCUUUUCCCAGACUCCAGCCCUGAGCAAACAUGAAGCCACCCCACCACAAAGCUCUUGGUGUUGACACCUGCAAAUAAAGGAGCAGUUGGCAUUGGCUUUGGGCCCCAUUUCCUCCAUUGUAUGGCCCCUGGGAUCUGCGGCUCCUUGUGGAGCAAAUGACCCUGUCCUGAUUCUGGAGCCAAGAGGGACACAGGGGUCACUGGGCUCCCAGCCAAAGGGAUAUCAUCACCAUGGCGGCACAUGGCAGCUCCUCAGUAACCAAGAGUCCUAAAGCAAGGAUACUUGGGAGUUCCUAAAUCAAGAGACAUUCAGGGAGAAAGGAGAACCUUCUCCAUCUGGAAUUAGACCUCCACUCAAAGAGUCAGAGAGACGUGGAGGAUCUGGGAGCAUUCACCUCUUACUGACCACUGGUUCACACUCACGUAGAACUUGCAGUCCCGUGGAGCAUUUUCAUAACAUUAAUUCAUCUCAUCCUCACAAUAGUUGGCUGAGGAAAGCAAGACAGAUGUGACCCGCUCGACAGUUUCUAUUAAAAGAAAUUCAUCUCAGAAAGAGGAAGAGAUGGGCCCAAAUCGAUCUGACUGAGAAAUGGCAGAACCAGCUCUAGAAACCACUGUCCAAUUCUUUCUGCAGCUUGCGUCGCCUCUCAGGUGAAUGAGGGUUAUUUUGUACCUGUCCAGAUCCCUAAGUGUACCAGCCCCAAAGUGUGUGACCUCCACCUGGAUCAUACCGCAACCUCAGUUCACAUCCAGCCCCAAGGCCUGACCAUCUCGUGGACUCUUCAUUACCAAAUAACACUUGCGAACGGCCAAGCAAAGGACUAGACUGAGAACAAGGAUAUGACUUUUCCUGGAAGACCCCCCUCCCAGACAAACAUUAAUGGUAAAGAGGAAAUGGAGCGCAUGACAGCCUGGGCACCAGAGCUGCCAAGUCUGUUCUCCUGUGCCCAAGACGCAGGAAGAUACAGUUUUCCUGGCUCCCAAAACUCUGAGUCUGCAGUGGGAGACCCUGGAACAUGCGGGUGGCUUUUGUUUGCUAGAAAAGUAUCCAGAAAACUGAAUCAGAUUCGUCCAUUUAUAGGACUUAAAGUGUGAACCUCUGAUCCAUUUCCUGUGGAAAGAGAAGGGAGCCAACAUGAAGGAAAAUGUGGCAUCCACAGUGGUUUUCAUUUUGCUACUGUUUCUCAACACCAACCUUCUGAAUGGACAGUCACCUCCUGGAAAACCUGAGAUCUUUAAAUGUCGUUCUCCCGAAAAGGAAACAUUCACCUGCUGGUGGAAGCCUGGGGCAGACGGAGGAUUACCUACCAGUUACACGCUGACUUACCACAAGGAAGGAGAGACAUUCACCCAUGAAUGUCCGGACUACAAAACUGGUGGUCCCAACUCCUGCUACUUUAACAAGAAGCACACCUCCAUAUGGACGAUAUACAUCAUCACAGUAAACGCCACGAACCAGAUGGGAAGCAGUUCCUCGGAUCCACGUUACGUGGACGUGACUUACAUAGUUGAACCAGACCCUCCUGUGAACCUGACUCUGGAAUUAAAACAGCCAGAAGACAGAAAACCAUAUCUGUGGAUAAAAUGGUUUCCACCCACCCUGGUUGAUGUAAGAUCUGGUUGGCUCACACUCCAGUAUGAAAUUCGAUUAAAACCUGAGAAGGCAGCUGAGUGGGAGACUCAUUUCGCUGGGCAGCAGACUCAGUUUAAGAUUCUCAGCUUAUAUCCAGGGCAGAAAUACCUUGUUCAGGUUCACUGCAAGCCAGACCAUGGAUUCUGGAGUGAGUGGAGCCCAGAGAGCUCCAUCCCGAUACCUAAUGACUUCUCAAUGACAGAUGCAACCGUGUGGAUCUUUGUGGCCGUUCUUUCUGCUGUCAUCUGUUUGAUUAUGGUCUGGGCAGUGGCUUUGAAGGGCUACAGCAUGGUGACCUGCAUCCUCCCUCCGGUUCCUGGGCCAAAAAUAAAAGGAUUUGAUACUCACCUGCUGGAGAAGGGCAAGUCCGAGGAACUUCUGAGCGCCCUGGGAUGCCAAGACUUCCCUCCCACUUCCGACUGCGAGGACUUACUGGUGGAGUUCUUAGAGGUGGAUGACAGUGGGGACCAGCCGCUGAUGCCAGCUCACUCCAAAGAACACCCGGGGCAAGGCGUGAAGCCCACGCACUCGGAUCCCGACAGUGACUCUGGCCGGGGCAGCUGCGACAGCCCUUCCCUUUUGUCUGAAAAGUGUGAUGAACCUCGGGCCAAUCCCUCCAAGUUCCACACUCCUGAGGGCCUUGAGAAGGCAGAGAAACCUGAAACAAACGUUACCCAGCCCCAAGGCCCUCAGGGCACAAGCGUGGAAGGCAAAAUCCCCUCUUUUCAUGUCAGCGGAUCCCAAUCUUCAACGUGGCCUUUGCUGCAGCCCCCCGGCCUGCACUACUCCAGGUCAUCUUACCACAGCGUUGCUGUUGUGUGUAAGCUGGGCCUGGGCACGGCAGGUGCUGCACCCACUUUGUUGGACAAAACAGACACACGUGCUUUAAAACCCUCGCAAACCAUUGAGACUGGCGGGGAAGGAAAGGCAGCUGAGCACGGGGAGUCAGAAAGCUUCCGUUCCAAGACUGACCAAGAUGCGGCACGGCUGCUGCCGCAGGACAAGACCCCCUUGACCUCUGCUAAACCCUUGGAGUACGUGGAGAUCCACAAAGUCAGCAAAGAUGGAGCGCUGGCGCUGCUCCCGAAACAAAACGAGAACAGCGGCCGGGCGGAGAAGACCAGCACCCCUGAAACCAGCAAGGAGUACUCGAAGGUGUCCCGGGUGAUGGAUAGCAACAUCCUGGUGUUGGUGCAGGAUCGGCGAGCGCAAAACCUGGCUCCGUUUGAAGAACCAGCCAAGGAGGCCCCGCCAUCCCUGCCACAGAAUCCAGCCGCGGUAGACCUGGCCUCCUUCCCCGCGGCCCCGAGCAACUGCAGACUCCAGCUCGGUGCGCUGGAUUACCUGCAUCCCACAGGUUUUAUGCACCCCUUUCAGUGAGAGCUUGAUUCAUGGAAGGAUGGGUUAAAAUGUGAUUUUCCUUCAGGUAACACUACAGAGUACAUGAAAUGCACUCUACCAGAGAAGGCUUGAGAACGGGGUUAGAAUGGCACUACCAAACUCCCAGGUCACUCGUCUUCAUGAUCCAUUUUCAACCAGUUGCCUCUUUCUCCAACAGUUGAUUCCAGAACAAAUCGUUUAGUUUUGUGUGAUUUGUAGAGUUACGUUUUGCUAUCAGUUAUAAAAUUAUGUGUUCAAUGAAAUAAAAGCACAUUGCUUAGUGUUCUUGAGGGCCAGUGCCAAUGGGUAUAUCCCCUGGAACAGGCUUUCAUGGUCUGGUAUAUGACAGAAGGAUAUCAACUAGUCAAAACUGUUUACCACAGGAAGAUGGUAGAUAUGAGAAAAAUGCCAUGAAAACCACUUUUGAGGACCAGCUGCUUAACCUUUAGCACUCCUCUUUCAUUUUAUUAGGAUUAACCAAAUUAACACAUUUUAAAAAAAGAGUGCAUUCUAGAACACCUGACAAAUUGUUUACAUCCGUUCCUAUUACCUUAAUGACGCAUUGCCAAUAUGCAAAUAAAAAGGAUGCCUCCGAUUUUUUCUUAAAAUAGUUUGAAUUUAUUAAGCAUGGAUUCCCCCCCACCCCCGCUAAAUUGUAUUUCAUUCUGAAGUUUCUGGAGAAUAGAGUUUUAGAAAGUGAAAUUUUCUUACAUAAGAGGAAAAUGAGUUUCAUGUGGUGAAUCCUUCUAAAAUGUUUUCCUCCAUUUCAGCAUGAUAAUUUAUUACACACCCUAGUCUUCUGUUAGUGAAAAAAAAUCCCCAAAGACUAACUUUAAUUUAAAAGAUCAUCGCUAACGGAAGUACUGCCUUACUGUACAUACAAAUUCUACUUUAAUAUAAACCCGUAAGUUGAGCAAUGUAUUUUUGAAGACUAUUUUUCUAUCACUUAGGUAAGUAAAACACUGUUUUCUACCUUCCCAGUACAGCUGUUUACCUAUUCAGUGGGUACAGUAUUUUCCGUUAUGUGAUUAUAAGGAGUAUUUACAGUACAGAGUGAUAUAUGCAGUCCCUGUUUGUGGAAUAAAAUGCCACACCAAACCAAAGCCCACUGAGGAAUAUGAAGCGGAUGACAAUAUUCAGUUUCCAACACAGUGUAGUAUAGUUUAGCUGAUUCUUUUUAUCUCCAGGAUACUUUAAACAACAAUCAUAGAGCUAGAGUUUUAGGGCUCUCCACAGACCAGAAAUUACUUCUCUUGUAAUUUAGGGCUACUCCGGGGCUUCUGCUCCUCUCUGGAUGAAUAAUCAUAAAGCUACAAUGAAAAAGUAGAGUGGUAACAUCUAACGCACUGUCCAAGAGAGAGGGUUCUUGUUCUGCUUUUCUGAACAAUCUUGGACAGCAAGGACAUUUUAAGUAAAGCCAGGAGUUCGUGUCUCUCUGGAGUAGAUCCAGUAGAUCCACUUGCAAAAUUUUGGCAGGGGCAGGGAGAGCACUCACGUCAGAAGUAUCCAAAGAAAAGUUCCAAGAAACCAGGCAUCUGUGGAUUAGUGGGAACCACUACAAAGGCCAGGGUAUGGUAGUUGGAAGCCCCAAGUCAGUUCCAAGGGCAGGCUCUCCAAGAGCGGUCAAAAGCCUGGAUCUCCAUUUUAAAGAGAACAUCCAUGACUCAUCGAACUGCCUGCCUCUAUUUCCAUUUCACCUGACAGCAAAUCCAUUUCUGUAUCUGCUCACUAGCUGGAACAUAGAGAAUUUGAGCUCCCUCUGUGAGUUAAAUAUUCCAGCCCAAUAAGUCCAUGCGGAUAGGAGCUGGACUCAGAAGUGGCCUGAUGUGUGAAAGUGAACACAUUGCCAGAGCUUCCAGAAAUGCAAAAGUAAUAAAUCUGAGGCUCUAUAUUCUCCCAAUAUGCAAACAACAUGUUAAGAGUGAGGGGGCCAUUUGGGAAAGUGGUCCAAGUUUAUUCAAUCCCCUAGAUCCUUGUUACUCAAAAUAUGGUCUGACCAGCUGCAUCAGCGUCACCUGGGCGCUGCUUGGAAAUGCAGAAUCUCCACCCCACCCCCGCCUCAGAAUCUGCAUUUUGCUAGGAUCCCCAGAUGAUUCAUGUGCGCAGUGAAGUUUGAGAAGCAUUGCCCUAGACGAUCAUUUCCACUAAAGCUUAUUUUAGUGCAUGAAGCGAUCCUCUCCUGGAAAGUACAGGUUGAGUCUGUUUGACUUGCACUGAACGGUACUGUAAGAAAAAGGCAUCAUUUUUUAAAACAUAUUAGUGGUUUAGGAUUCCCAUAAUGGUAGAGAAUGACCUGAAAAAGUACACACAACUUCUAAGAGGUCCGGGAAUAUAUUCCACCUUGAGAGGCAUUGACAAAAGACUCUGCUCUUCACAGACGGUACAGACUAAACCUUUCCCAAAAAUAGUCCAAUCUCCUCCAAGAUGUAUAUCAAUCAGUCUGAUAGUAUGAAAAUUCAAAACUAGUCUGCUUUUGAUAUAUAAUUUGGCAUAUAUGGAAAAAAAUGUCAUGGCUGAAGACUCAAACUAAAUCCUUAAAAAAAACACCAGUUAGCAAGUAAAUUACUACCACUUGUUAACUAAAGCCAAGGCUAUAAGUCUAUGGUCAGUUAGCACUCUUUAAUAAACUAUGUAUUUUUCAUGGUCUAGCCUAUUUUCUGUUAAGGAAUUCCCUAGUCGAAUGAAAGUAUGCAGAUUGGGGGUCAAGAGACCCAGCUUCUAAUGCUAAUUAUGUUACCUUAGACAGAUCAACUCCCUUCUCUGGACCUCAGUUUCCUCUGAAGGAAAUGUUAGGCCGGAAAAUCUCUAAUGUCCUUUUAAACUCCGACUCCUUGAUUCCAUGAUUCACUGAAUAGUGUCCUGCAAAGAUAAUUAACCAAUGCCUUGUAUCAUAAUUAAGCUAAUAAAUAGUUACCCUUUAUCAUAGAAAUACAAGUCCUCUUCAGGGAUGUGCUCAUUUUAUUUCACUUGCAAAUCAUCAAGUCCAACUGAUCUUAACAUAUCACACAUGCAUUUUAUACAUCAUGUAGGUAUAGAAUCAUAGUCUAAGAUUAUGUACAAAUAUGCAUGUAGAGAGAAGAGGCAUGAGAUUUUUUUUUUUCAUGAGAUAUUUUUUAAAAGACGUUGAAAGAGGCUUUGAUUUUUAGAAAGAAAAACACUUUUCUUAUAUCAGGCGGCUGAUUCUGGUUUGUUUUCUUUUCUCCCAUGGAUUAUGUACCACCAUUGCACAUUUGGCUUUAAAAGCCUUAAGUUCUUAAUUAUAAAGGUCAUAUUUUUAUAAACAAACACCUAAAUAUUCACGUUACAUAGCACACGGAAAAGGGAUAGCCAAUGGAUGAUUUAUGGAAGCUUAUGACUCAAACUGCAAAAUCUCCUCUGGUCAGUUUUAGCAAAUGGGUACAAGGCACCUCAAAUGAGCACAAGUUAUAAUCAGCCAUGUCACUGACAUUUAACAGACUCUCCAUCUCCUAAGUGCCUAAGGCCAAUCCUGGUAGGCAGUUAUGUACUAAAUACUUGCUUUCACUGGUUUGGUCCAAAGCUGGUCAAUCCCUUACCAUCUGUACGAGUUGAAGGAGUUUGACUGUCCUGUAGUGACCCAACUGAACGGGAGAAUCCGAUGAACAACCAGAGGCACCUGAGCCCCAGGGUGCAGCUUGGCUAAGGAGGGUCCGUCCCCAAAUCUGCCUCUUUCUCCAGGCUGCCCACCACUGCCCAUCACUGGCAGAAAGACUUGCCGCUGCCUGUAGUAAUUUUACUAUCUCCUUAGAGUAGACAUGAAAGAAACAGAUUUGUACACAUCUUACAAAGUGCCUUUCUUUACUUUUUGUUUUUUUGAAGUUUCAUUUUCACAAGAAAAGUGUAUCGAUUAGAAAGUGAAUCUUACAUUUUAGAUAAACGAAUGAAAAAGCCAGAAACAGAAUGAAUAAACGGUCUAAGGUCCAAUCAGCAACUAUCGAGUGGAUUUUAAUUUAUUGUUUAAUUGAAUUGCCACAGAGCUGAUGUGAAUAGUGUAACUUACUUUGAUAAGAAAUUGACUCUGGCUAGGAUUUUGGAAUAAGCCUGCCACCCUGUUACUUGAGACCCUCAAUUUGAAAACAUAUUAAUGUACUUCUGAAUAGCUUGGACUUGCAUGCCAGGGCCUGAGAAGGGCAAUGCAUGCACCGUGGAAACUUGCACACAUGCAGAAAGAUGUAAAGGCCUCUGGGUUACCAUCCGCAGGGUUGCUAACGUAGAUUUGUCAUUGAUGAAUGCCUCGCGUGUACUUCAGUGAACCAAUUUCUUUUUCUCCUUUUUCAGCCCAAGCAUCAUUGUGUUGUUGCUAGGGUAGUGGGCUGAGCACUCAAUUUCUAGGUUGAGGUCAUCCUGCUGCCACUAAACAGGCUGUGUGAUCUUAGGCAAGUCCUUUAAACUCUAGCCACUAGUUUCCUCACCUGUUAAACGAGUGCAUUGGCCUAAAAUAUUUCUAAGACCCCUUCCGGCUCUAACUGUCUUUGAUGCUCAUGAUCUAAGUAAAGUCCAGGGUUUCCGUAGAAGGCCCAGGGACAGUGCAGGGAAAUGUUGCUGGUGUGGCCUUAACCUGAAGCAGUGGACAAUGUGGCUGUGACACCGCUGAAGAGAAAAACAGAUCCAUUCCUCCAAGUCAGAUCGAUUUCAGUUAGCAUCCUUGCUUCUUCUCUUCUGCUUAGCUGUCCAUCUUGUAGGCUUCUUAUGCUCUCACUCCAGGGCCUUUAUUUUUCCUGAGAGUUCAUUAUGUGCAGUAGCAACCAUAGGAUUUUCAAGAAACUAAAUUACACAUAAACGAUGACUUUGGCCUGAGUCAAAGGACUGAGUCAGAUGUUAAGUCGGCCACACAGAUAUCAAGGCCCAGAUUGAGGGUCACAAGUUACCCCAUUUAAAGGUCCUCAGGCUUAGAUAUUCUAGCCCAAUUCAUUCAUUCAAGGGCCAUUAAUAAAUCCAGCUACAUUGAUGACUCGGCCGUGGAGGUCUUAAGCAGAAACUUAAAAAUACAAAAUGAUUGCUUGAGAGCUUAUGACCUAACCAGAAGUUCUACUUAUAGUUAUGGCCUGGACUUAUUUCAUGAUCAGUAUACAUGCCCUCUGCAAAUCAAACAGGAGUUCUCUCCCUAGAUUUGUGUCUCUCAAGAAAGCGAUUUUUGGUCUGAGACCAUUACAUGGUAUCUAUUUCAAUAAAAGGAAAGUGAUAGAAAGGGUGUUUCCAAAUGUUUGGGCAGUUUAGGAUUCCACAAAAUGCCGAGAGUAGCCUGCUGAACCCAGAUUUUAUUGGACAUAGUCACUCUAUAAUCUAUUCAGUGUUCUGAGUUUAUGGCUAAGAGAUUGCACGUAACUCACAAUACCAUAUGCCCAUGACUGUUUUGUCCACAUUGAUUCCUUUGAGUUAUGCUCUGAUUUCAUGUCAGGAAGCACUGAGAUGUGUAAAGGGGAAAAACAUGUGCUGUUCACAUGGUUGUUGUCAGUGAAGAGAGAGACCCUUAGAUAAUCACAGUCUAUUAGUUAACUUUUUACCUGCUGCUGAUUAAAAAGAAAAAACACUUAACUCUAAAAACUUUAGCUUCUUAAGUAGUAAUAUCAAAAAUGAUAGUUUAAUAGUUAUGGUCAAAUUAUGUUUCACCUGGAUACACUUCAAAGUCCAGUCUGAGUUUUUUCCAUGCAAAUUUCACAAAUCCUGAGGGGGGGAAAUAUCUUGUUGUUGUGUUAUCUGAAAUUGAAAAACUAUAUGGCAAAGAUUCUCCUGAACAGCAAUUUGUUUUAUAAAAUUCCUGAUAAAAUGAUUUUGAAGUUUUAAAAGUAACUACCUCCCUUCUUGUUCUAAUAUCCUUCCUUCAAACUGCUUAUCAUUUAGAAAUGAAAGAUGUCACAUCUCCCACUUCGACUAUUUUCAGUGCCAUAGUUGUGUAUUUGCCAUGUGAUAUUCCUGACUUUAAAGUAACUGUUAUAUGAUUUUAUAUUAUAUUGCUUUAUGUGGUUCAAAAACUGUAUGACACAUUGAAAUAUAUAAUCCUCCGGUUGUGAAACUCACCAUGUAAUACAAAAGAAAAUAAUUAUUUAAUGACUUAGAAUCUAUGUAUAUGUAUUCCAGUAUGAUUGUUUCUACGUCUGGAAAACAAAACUGAAAAAAAUAUGUAAUCAUAUCUUUCUGAUGAAACCAUGAAUGUACACAUUCUUUUCUUAAUCUUUGUCUAGAAGUAGUGUAAGUUGCCCUCAUACAGCUGCUCUGGGGUAAGUGUUUAACGUACAAUCCAACAACUGUUUAAAAGUCAGCCCCCCCAGCUUUGCUUCACGUGACCUCUUAUACUUCUUGAAUGUUAUUUGCAUCAUGAGGCUUGUUCUUCUGCUUGAUCAGUCAUUUCAGACAAUUUCUGUGUCUCACAUGGAAACCGAAGCAACCUAUAGAACCGGACUGUUAGGUGAUCUGUGUCUCCUGUAAAGCCAUAUUGAAGUGAAGGCUAUGGAAUAGCAAAAGGUUCCAUAUUUUCAAAGCUACCACUACCUCUGCUUUUUCUCUCUUCCUAGAAAAUGCCAAGCAAAAUUCUUAAACAUUACAUAGGAAAUUAGAAGUGAUUGUUAUAAUAUGUUACUGGGGUUUGGUUUUGUUUUUACAUGAGAAUACACCUUCUAAUUCACCAGUCAGUAGGUUUAUGCUAGGUUUUCUCAAUAACCAUUUUUCCCUUUUAUAAAAACUGGCUGAUGAAUAAGAGCCAGAAAGAAUACAUAGUAAUUCACCAGGUAAAAAACCAACAAAACUAUAGAUGCAGAUUUUUUCCCAAUCGUAAGUCACCUCAAGGUGGUUACCCAAAGCCACGAUAGCGACAUUUCUCACAAUUUGACUUCCCUAAAGCCCCUAGAAAUAAAUCUUUUCCUUAUUUGAUUUUUUUUUUUUUUUUUUUGCCGUCACUGAUGUGGGCUCUCCCGUUGCGGAGCACAGGCUCCGGACGCGCAGGCUCAGCGGCCAUGGC